AUGCGAAAUCAUCUUGGUAGAACGAUGACUAUUCAUUACAUUCCUGGUUUUGUUAAAGAAGCAUUUCCUCUUUCUGUAACUGAUAAAAAUGCAAUUGCUGGAUUUUCCUGUACCGGUAUAAGUCCAUUUAAUAGGAAUAUAUUUACUGCUGUUGACUACGCGCCAUCAUCUGUGACUGACCGGCCGUUACAAGUUAACAGAGAAGUUUCACCAAAUGAUAUGUUGAUUAGUUCUGACGCAACGUCAUCCAUUCAAGUUGAUCCAAGUACUCCAGUUGGUGAUCUUCCAACAUCAGUUGACCAGAAUGUUCACCGUACUGAUAGCAAUGAUUUAUCAAACAAAUCAAACAAUAAUGACCAAUCACCGGCUGUUGAAAAUAUACCGGACCUCAUCUCUGCUAGCACUGAUCUUCUGUCAGCUAACUCAAUUUUUGAUCAAAGAUCCAAAACACCAGUGCCAGGACCUAGCGAGCUGCAACAAGCAAAUUCUACCCAGCCGUUUAAUUUCUCACCUAAAGAUCUUAUACCUUUACCGCAAGCGGAUCCGAGGACUGAAACAAAUGAAGGUACGUAA